UUGAGAUUCUCCCGUUGUCAUUCUCUUCUUCCCAACUCGCCUUCUCCUCCGUUUCAAUUCUCGCGCAAACCACAAGCUCCUCGAGAUUGGUAUCAUCUCCAAAAUGCCCUACAUCCUCGGCCUUAACAGCGGCUCCUCCUUCGAUGGAGUUGACGCCGUCCUCUGCACCAUCGAACUCUCCCCUGAUGGACAUCCGGCACGUCCCAAAUUCGUCGACGGCCUCACAGUCGAUUGGCCCCUCGAACUACGCACCCAAAUCAUGCUCGCCUUCGACAAUUCUCUCACCCUCUUCGAAAUGUGCCGCGUGAACUACGCAGCCGGUGCUCUCUUUGCCGAAGCCGUAAAUUCUCUCCUCUUGAAAGCUGAUCUGAAGCCCGAGGAUAUAGAUGUCAUUGGCUAUGACGGGCAGACUGUGUAUCAAGAACCACCUGAUAGGCCGAAGAACAAUGAGUAUAAGAAGAGCGGGAGCAAGAGUCUUGUUGAGAAGUGGACGAAGGGCGGGUGGCCUUGUGGGUUCUUCAUCGCGGAAUCAGGGGUUGUGGCUGCGUUGACGAAUAUCACCACCGUGACGCAAUUCCGACCUGUUGAUCAUGCGCUUGGUGGAUCUGGAGCGCCUCUUAUGCAAUACUUGGAUUUCGUUUCCUUUCGUGGCGAUGGGGGACCGACUGUGACGUUGAAUAUUGGCGGUAUUGCGAACCUACAGCUGGCGGAUGCGGACCGGAGUAAGAUGAUGGCGUUCGAUACGGGACCAGGGAAUGUGAUGAUUGAUCAUAUUGUCAAGGCUCGCACUGGCAAGACAUAUGACAAGGAUGGAGAACUUGCAGCGAAGGGAACAGUGAUUGAGCCUUUGUUGAAACAUAUGUUGACACAUCAGUUCUUUGCUCGGAAACCUCCGAGGUCGGCUUGGAGACUUGACUUCGGUGCUGGGUAUGCGGACCAGAUUUUGGAGCAGUACAAGGCUGCUUCGACGGAAGACCUGCUUGCCACACUUACCAUGUUCACCGCGACUUCAAUUGAAAGCUCCCUCGUUGAUUUCAUCCUUCCUCGGACCACCAUUACGAAGGUUGUUGCCAGCGGCGGUGGAGUCAGAAACACGACUUUGAUGAACAAUCUCCGAGAGAAGCUUGGGAAGCUGGGACUGGAUCUCAAAGUGAGUGAUGAGUUUGGACUGCCUGCUGUGUACAAGGAGGCUAUUAAGUUUGCCACCAUGGCAUUUGCGGCGAAGAGGGGACUGGCGAACAACAUCCCUGCGGCUGGAGGUGCGGAGUCUUAUGCUGUGCUAGGGAAGCUGAGUAUGGCGCCCAGGCUGGCGAAAAAUGGCGGUGAGGUUAAGUCUGUUGCCAAUGGCACUAACGGAGUACACUAAGUUGAGAGUUAGCUGUCUUUCAUAUAUAUUUACCAUAACUGACAUCAAUGCUUGUGCAAGUGGCGGUUCCAUGCUCGAGGUCUUUUCCUAAAGUUUCACUGGUUCUAGCAACACC